CUGGGCUCCAAAAAGUCCUUCGAGGUUGAAGAGGAGAAGAAACUCCGCAUCUUCUACGAGAAACGUAUGACACAAGAAGUCGCCAUCGACUCCCUCGGAGACGAAUGGAAGGUGAGUAGAAUUUUUGAAAUGAGAUUUUUGAAUUCAUUUUUCACGUCACGCUUCUUCGGGGUCAAAAUUAUACAAAAAUCAAAUUUUUUUCUAAAGUCCAGAAUUCGUUAUUUUUGAAUUUCUGAAUUGGAAUCUAAUUCAAUCUAGAACAUCAAUAUCUAUGAUUCCAGGGAUACGUCGUCAGAAUCGGAGGAGGAAACGACAAACAAGGAUUCCCAAUGAAACAAGGAAUUCUCACCAACGGACGUGUCCGACUCCUUCUCGGAAAAGGACAAUCCUGCUACCGCCCACGUAAGAGCGGAGAGCGCAAGAGAAAGUCCGUCCGCGGAUGCAUCGUUGACGCCAACAUGUCAGCUUUGAGCUUGGUCAUCACCAAGAAAGGUUUGUUUGUUUUUUAAAAAAUUACUAGUGCUAGAAUUUUAUAUUUGCAGGAGAUGCCGAAAUCGAAGGAUUGACCGACAACGUUUUGCCACGUAGACUCGGACCAAAACGUGCCUCCAAGAUCCGCAAGCUCUUCAACCUCACCAAACACGACGAUGUCACCAAAUACGUCAUCACCCACGAAAAGACCUUCGCUGACGGUAAGAUUUUACUUCUUCGUGUUUACAAAAUCUUGUUUCUCUCCAGGAGUCACCAAGACCAUCGCACCAAAGAUCCAACGUCUUAUCACUCCAAGCCGUAUCUCCAGAAAGAAGUACCUUCUCCGCCAAAAGCGUAACCAACACAUCAAGAUCAGAGAAGAGGCCGCUGCCUACCACAAACUUCUCGCCAAGUACUCCAAGGUUAGUUUUUCUUCUUAGUCUUCGAAGUUUGAAUUCAAACAUAAUUUUUUCAGGAAGAACACGAUGCCAAGAUCGCCCGCAGACGAUCAUCGGCUUCCCACACUUCCGAAUCGGAGCCAAAGAAGACCGGAAAGAAGUAA